AUGCCGCCACUACGGCCGACGAAGACGCGUGCUUCGAGCCUGGCGGCUUCUACCGGCCUCCUCAUGGCGAGUGGCGUUCUCGGAGCUGGCUUUGACUCGUCGACCAACAUAGCUGCUUAUUGGGGUCAAAAUUCUUACGGACAAGCCAAUGGACCUCAAGCGCAACAAAGCCUUGCAACGUAUUGUGCUGAUACUGACGUUGAUAUCAUCCCCCUAGCUUUCAUGAUACAAAUGACGGGGGGCUACAACUCACGAUACAACACAUCUAUCAACUCAUACUUUGGGCUGAACCAGACGGUCGUGGCGAAUGGGUCUGACGAUACGACAGCAUCAGGAACCGGACUCCUCGACUGUGGAGAAACCAUUGGCCAAGACAUAACAACUUGCCAGGAACAGUACAACAAGACGAUUCUGCUGAGCAUCGGUGGCGCCACGUACACGGAGGGUGGAUUCGCGAGUGAAGAUGCUGCCAUAUCAGCCGCAGAAAUGGUCUGGAGGACUUUCGGUCCAACUGCUGAUGGCGCAGAAUCUGCAUCUCCCGUUGCUGUUCAAGCCGAUGCCCUUACAACCUCUCUGUCCGCAUCCGAUGCUCAAGCCACCACCGGCACUCAGACCCAGAAUGACCUCGAUGACAGUUCGCUGUCAUCCGAUACCAUUGAUGCUGCCGCCGAGACUGGCACAGCGCAGGCAUCCAGUGCUCAAGCGGCCUCUUCCAGCGCGAAUGCCACAGGCCAACAGCAACCUGCAGGCAGCGGCGUUGAAUUUGUGACUGGGGACGAGAAUCCUGGCUCAGCGCUCAACCCCUCCGCUACGGCAACGUCGACAGGCAACGAUGCAAUGGAUACAAACACCAUUCCAACUGUCAACCCAACCAAUGCGGAGGCAGAGGCAGACCCAACAGACUCCGCCGCCUCCUCGAAUUCCGCUGCCGCCUCAGAAUCUGCUGCUGCUCAAGACGCGUCUCUGCUGUCUUUUGUGACUUCGACUGUGUACCGCACCUCUACCACGACGGAAUUCGCGAGCGGAGCUGCAGCUACCGGCGAGGUCAACGCCGUCGCCAAUGCCAAUGUUUCCUCGAGCACUGUCGCAUCAAACUCCUUCGCUAAUGUCACUACUGCCCGCCUGAGACGCCGACAAGCCGCUCCAGUUCUCCGACCAUUCGGCAACGCAGCUGUUGACGGCUUCGACAUUGAUAUCGAGUCUGCAACGCAAAACUUCUUGCCAUUUGUCCGACGCCUUCGCGAGCUGAUGGACGCCGAUGCCAGCAAGCAGUUCUACUUGACAGCUGCACCACAGUGUCCUUACCCAGAUGCCGCCGUCUCAGAUCUUCUCGAUAGCGAAGUCAGGUUCGACGCUGUUUUUGUGCAGUUCUACAACAACUACUGCGGCGUGCAAUCCUACACCAACACCUCCGACGCUCAGGCCAAUUUCAACUUCGACGCCUGGGAUACCUGGGCUAAGAAUGCUACAUCGCGUUAUGCUGCCAACAGCACUAGCCUGACCAAGAGACAGUCGUCCGCCGCUCCUGCAUCAGUCAAGGUCUUCCUCGGCGUGCCGGGCGGUGUGACUGGAGCUGGAUCAGGCUAUGCUACUAUUGAGCAGUUGACGCCCGUUAUCGAAUACUCGCAGAGGUUUAAGAGUUUCGGCGGUGUAAUGGUGUGGGACAUCACGCAAGCGAAGGCGAACGAGAAGUGGUUGCCUGGCGUGAAGCAACUCCUGGUCAACAAUCCUAAUGGCCGCAUGGAUGCCAUAAAUGGUACGGCUAUCAACGGACAGGCAUCCAAUUCCACCCAGUCCUUGGCCUCUUCUGCUACCGACGCUGCCACCACGGAGUCUGCCAGCGCAGCGUUGUCAUCGAACUUGGCAAACUCGACUGUUGCUACAUCUAGCGACGAGAGCACCGACGCGUCUGAAGCCGAUGAUUCUGCGUCCUCGUCUGGAUCUCUGGAUUCUGCUGACGUCUCGGGUGCCAAUGCUUCAACUUCUGCGGGUGCUGAUGCAGCUGCGAAUACAGACUCUGUCAAUGCGGCAGCAACAGAUCUGGCCGCCGCCGCCAGUACCUCAGCUUUGGUUGCCUCUGCUGCUGAUGGUACAGCGGCCACACCAAGUGCUUUUCCAACCGACAAUGCCGCUUCCAACGAUUCCGCCGCUGCCAGCACCGCCUCGGACUUGGCCGCCACAGCUGCAUCGGCAACUCUCACUGAAUACGUCGCAUAUGGAGCGACAUACACGGCUUCUGUCGUAGCUGGAGCAUCGUACACGGAUUACCUCGUGGAUGGUUCGACCUACAGAGUUUCUGUGGACGCCGCCGGAGCAACACAGACGGACUUCAACCCAACUGCUGCUACAGACUCUGCAGCAACAGCUACAUCGGCAAACGAUGCAGCGUUGAAUGGCACAGUGGCAAAUGCUUCGGCAGCGAAUGCCACCGCAACCAACGCGUCCGCAGCGAAUGGUACAGCAGCGAAUGCUUUGGCGGCAACGGCUUCAGCAGCGACUCUAACGGAGUAUGUCACUAAUGGUCAAACGUACACGGCAUCCGUCGUGGCUGGAGCCUCGUACACCGACUAUGUCGCCAACGGAGCAACCUAUAGAGUCUCCGUCGACGCCGCUGGAGUAACACAGACGGAUUACAACCCGGCUGCCGCCACCGAUGCUGCGGCCACAGCUACAUCAGCCAACGUUGCUGCAGUGAAUGGUACAGCGGCGACCGCCUCGGUAGCGACAGCUUCAGCUGCGACACUCACGGAAUAUGUUGCGAAUGGUCAGACAUAUACGGCGUCCGUCGUAGCUGGAGCAUCCUAUACUGAUUACGUCGCCGAUGGGUCAACGUACAGACAGUCUGUCGAUGCUGCUGGAGCAACCCAAACGCAAGUCCUCGCAGCUGGCGCCACAGCCGCAUCGAUCACGGAGUACGUCGCAUACGGAACAACUUUUACCGCUUCUGUAGUGACAGGAGCUACUUUUACCGAAUACGUCGCUGGCGGAUCUACUUACCGAGAAUACGUCGAUACCGCAGGAGCAACCCAGACCGAAUUUGUCGAUGCCGCGGGAGCCACAUACAGUGGUUAUGCGGUUGUCGCUGGAGCGACUUACACCGAAUACUUUGACGCCGCCGAUGCUACCGCGACCUCCCCGAAUAAUGUUCUGGUCGCAUCUAAUACUAACCUUGCAGUUCCCCUUUCUAUUUCCCCCGCUUCGACCCCGACCCUCGCUGCCGGCGCUGCUGCAGCUCCCGUGAACGCGGCUGAUCCGAAUGCCGUGGCUGUGGCUGAGACUGUUGCUGCUCCUGCGGCUUCGCCUGUGGCUGUUGGACCUAAUGGUGUGUGGAAUGAGUAUCCGGAUGGUAGUGCGAGAUGGGAAGAUGGGAGGAGGAUGCAGAUGACUUGGAGGGCUUGA